AUGGCAGUCAGACCGGCGGGCAUCUACAGUGUGUACAUCAUCUCCAAGUCAGGUGGUCUCAUCUACAACUACGAUGUCGAGUCUAACUUUCCCAGCACCGAGGUGGAGAAGACGUUUGGGUAUCCGCUGGACAUCAAGCUCGGCUAUGCCAACCAGCGAAUAUCCGUCAUCUUCGGCCAGCGUGACAAUAUCAAGGUCGGCUACACACUGCUAGCCAUCAACGGCGAUCCGGUCAGCGGCCGAAAGUACAAGGACGUGGACAUUCUUGAUGAAUUCCUCGUUUCAGAGGAAAACUACCCGCUUAAUUUAAAAUUCGGUCUGCCACCCCUGAGCACCAACGAGAAGAUCGUCAUGGCUUCGAUGUUCCACUCGAUGUACGCCAUUGCGGCGCUGCAAAUCAUUCCAACGCGUAAAGACCGGACCGCCUGUACGGGCAUCGAAUCAAUGGAGACAAACAACUUUCGCCUGAACUGCUACCAAACACUGACCGGCGUCAAGUUUCUGCUGAUCAGCGAUCUGCGUGAGGCCGCCAACAAGGACACCUUGCUGCGAAAGAUCUACGAGCUGUACACCGACUACGCACUGAAGAAUCCAUUCUACAAGCUCGACAUGCCCAUCAGAUGCGAACUGUUUGACCUCAAUAUUGCUCAACUUUUGGACACCAGCGACAAGUCCACGGCUGCCGGUCACGACACCGGCUCGCACAUUUUCUAG